GAUCAGAAUCUAUUCUGAUCAAAAGGCGCUGAAUGAAAAGUCCGACUUAAGUACGAAAGGGCAAAAUCGACAUUUGCCCUUAAAACAUAAACAACACUUAAAACUUCAGUCGACCGAACCCUAAAACUCUUUCUCUUUCUUGGAAUACCAGAAGAGAGACACAAGAGAAACCCCUUCCUCCUUCCUCCUUCCUCCUUCCUCCUUCCUCCUUCGCCUAACAGUCACUUCCCUCUUCCUUCCUCAUCUCUUCAUUCUCCUUCGCUCGAAACCCAUCCCUAACCUCCCUCACUGGAAACGAAAAUCGGUGAUUCUUCAUCAUCCCUAACCUCCUCGACCAGCGGUGGACACUCCAAGCUCUCCUGGACCAGCGGCUGACACUCCAAGCUCUCCUCGACCAGCGGCGGACACUCCAAGCUCACCUCGACCAGCGGCGGACACUCCAAGCUCCUGCAGAAAUAGUGAGAAAAUGUCAACUUCAAAACAAGCAGUUAAUGAGACUGCAAAAUGGAGCCAAGCAAAUGUAGACACCCUUAUUGUUCUGAUGGUAGAGGAAGUUAAGAAAGGACAUAGGACUACUUCGACUUUUAAUAAAGCUGGUUGGAACAACAUUGCCAAUAACUUCAAAGAAAAAACUGGGGUCAACUAUGCCAUUGUACAGUUGAAGAACAAAGUGAACAAACUGAGGCAGGAUUAUAGUCAGUUUAAGAAGCUAUUGGAGACAACUGGUUUUGGUUGGGAUACUGCUUCAAGAACUUGUACUGUUGAUGAUGAAUCCAUCUGGGAAUCGCAUAUUAAGGAUAACCCUACUUGGGCACGAUUUAAGAAGCACGGACUACCACAAUGGCCAGAACUAUGUAUGGUAUUUGGUGAUACAUAUGCAGACGGCGAAGGAAGUGGGACUCAAACAACCAUGUUGGAAACUUUGGGGGCCAAUGAAGCUAGGAUUAUGAUUGAGUCUUGUGAUGAGUCAAGUUCCGCUGAUGAAGUUACUCCAUUAGGUGACACUCAAACUGAAGCAGUGGAAAAAAGGCCAGUUACUAAGCAUAGGCAUGAUAGGACUCCAAAUGCGAAAAGGAGGAGGAGCAAGUCUAAUGAUUGGUCAAUGGCAUUCAAGGCAAUUCAAGAUAUUAGUAAAUCAAGGGUAGAACGAGAUGCGAGCAUGUCCACUGCUUCAACCCAAAAUGCGGAACAGAUGUAUGGGAUUACUAGGGCCAUGGAAGUGCUUGAGUCAGGAUAUGAGUUAGAUGAAGCACUAUACGAGAAAGCACUUCGGAAGUUAAUGGCUGACCCGCAAUGGAGAGAAGCAUUAAUUUCCUGCCCUCCUCAUCGGAAGUCAAUACUCCUUCGUACCCUUCAGUAGUUUGCUUCUUGAAAAGUUCUUUUAAUUAGCUAGAUUGAUAACUCUACUUGGAUUGUGCCUUGACCCUACUUUUACCUUUGAUGGUUUGCUAUGUUUUCCUUCACUUUUUAAGAUGUUAUGGAUGACUGUGUCUUGACUUUUUUUUAUAACUGUAGUAUUUGAUGUCCUGAAUA